GAGAGAAGAAGCGGGCGAGCAAGAUGGCGGCGGCGGUGGCGUCGGACCCGAGCUGAGUUGCCAGGAGGAUGAGGCAUUCUCUGGAGAAUUCCAUUCUCUCUGAGGACCCUGUCAAGAUGACGGCCCCCAUGAUGCCACAGCAACCCCUCUCUGAGUGGCUGGCCGCCUUCUCUGCUCCGGGGCUGGAGGCGGGACCGCAGGCUGGACAUCCCUCAGCUUCGUUUUAUCCUGAAGGACACCUCGAAUACAUUGAUUCCACGGCUGUUGCAGACUCUCUCCUGGAGCUGGCUCGAUCUGUUACUUUGCCUCUGCCUCAUGUGGGAGCAGCCCAGGGGGUUUCCUUGGAGGCCCAUCAGCCAUCCUCAUCACCUGGGCGGCUCCAGCCAUGCCAGGAGGUCACGCUGGGGCAGCUACAUGUGGCUGUCUGGCCUUCCCCGGAGAAGCAGUCACAGCAGGACAGUGAGCCUGGUACUCUUGAUGUUUCUCAACCUCUGAAGAGAAGGAAGCUCAACUUGCCCGGUGACCUUUCUCCGCUGAGGUCGCCUUUGUCCCAGAGCCCACUCUCUCUUGGGCAAACCUCACUGCCCCUCCCUGGUGCAUCCCUACUCCCAGAACUUUUGACAGUGGACAGCAGUCAGCUUUAUGACCAUGGACUAGAACCUGCCUCAGCCAUGGGCCAGUUGCUCAGUGUGGAUUCUUGGUCUGCUUUCCCCAUGCUUGGCGUUGGCCCGGAGGCCCGAGCCAUUCCCCUCACUCCUGCUUCUCCUGCUCUUUGCGAUGGGCUUCACAUGAGGGCAUUGCCUGGGGAUGGGUUUUUGCUGGGCCUCGAGGGAGGGAGCGAGCACCUGCAGGACGCGUCAGGGUCUGGGAAGAGCCUUCAGGACCCAUCCGCCCUGGUUUCCUCUAGCUUCCCAGAGGACUUUGUAGAUGCCAGCAUUCCUAUCCCCAUCUUGGGCCAAGUGGGUGAUAGGACCUGCUCCUCAGCUCAGUACUGGACUCCAGAGCAGCUGCUCCCCCCAGCAGAGCUGGCUUGUCUCCCCGAGGCAGGCUCCCUGCUCGAGACCGAUUGUGACCCACCGUCGACUCUCCAGCCCCAGGAAGGAGCUUCAUUCUGGAAGAGCUGGGCCCAAAGGAAGAAUGAAAGGAUCCUGAAGAAGGCGGAAAAUGAGCCUCAGGGAGUGGGAAGAAGAAAGCCCACCCUUUUCCAGGAAGACGUCCUCUCCGUGCCAAUAGCAGAGCUGAACCAAGGCCUCUGCCUGAUGACCCAGGAGGCCAGGAGGCAGGACGGCUCCAGCUACGAGGCAGACACGCUCUAUUACUUGUUCCUCUGUAUUCAGAAGCACAUGUUUGACAAUAAUCGGAUUGACAACAUCUUCACGGAUCUUUACUACCUGAAGUUUUUGGAAAGGCUUCACCAAGUGAUGAAAGGCUGGUGUCCUCGAGUCAGCCCCUUGGGGCGAGUGCUGUCCAGCUGCAUCUUGGAGCAGAUGCUUUGGGACUGUCGACAGCUGGGAGCUCAUUCACCAAGUACCCUCCUCUUUACCCUGAUGUACUUCAACACCAAAUACUUCAUCUUAAAGACGGUGGAGCAGCACUCACAGCUGGCCUUCUCCAAAGUGCUCAAGCAAACCCGGAAGAAUGCCGGCGUGGGCAAAGACAAGAGCCCGACAGUGAGAUUCCUUCGGCUUUACGGACAGAUCCUAGGUGGCCUGAAAGAAGAGAUGUAUGGAGAGCAGCUGGAGAACCCCGAGAACCCCUUGCAAUGUCCCAUCAAGCUCUAUGACUUCUACCGCUUUAAAUGCCCGCAGAGCGCCAAAGGGCCCAGUGAUGCCUUCUACUUGGUCCCGGAGCUGGUUGUGGCCCCCAACAGCCCCAUCUGGUACUCGGGCCAGCCCGUGGGCACGGAGCUGAUGGAACAGAUGCUCACGCGAAUCCUCAUGGUCCGAGAGGUUCAGGAGGCACAUGCAGCGCCCCACGUGCCUGCUUCAUGGUGAGGGGCACUGGGACGCACACAUGCCCACCCGCACGCCCUGCCCUCCACGGCUGUCAAGGAAGGUCACUCAUUGAUGCUCAGGAGGUGUGUGGAGCAGCCGUUUCACGCAGGCUGGGCAGGCCCUGAGAACCGCUCUCUUCGCGGUGGUUCCACAGUGUGCUUUUAUUUGCUUAGCUGGAGAAGAACCGUAUUUUGGGAUUUUUUUUUCUGGUUUCUUGUGGCACGGGUGGCACGGGUACCCAAGUGCUUGGGAAUGAAUGGUGGGCCGUGUAUGUGUUUAAUCCGAGUCUAAAUUGUGAUGAGGGAGUUCACAAAGGAAGCUUUGCUUAGUCCUCACCUGGAGGCUGGCUGGGCUCUGGGAAUCCACAGUAUCCUCACUCCCAGGAUGGGACAGUCCUCCCUGCCUUCCUUCCAGGCCCAGUCCAGUCACAGGCCUGGCAGUUGAGGGUGGUAGAGGGUGAGGAGGUCUGCUUGCACUGCUCCUGCCUCUGGUGGCUAGGGCCAAGCCAUGGGUGGGGUUGAUGCCUACACGAGUUUCACUCAGGCCAUGAGCCUGGAUGCUGGUCUUCCCGUAGCGUGUGGCCAGGCUUGUUUACUAAGAGCUGAGAAUGCUGUACAACCUUACCUCAGACAGGCUGUAGGAGGCUGGGCCUGGGGCUGCCCUGGAGCUGGGGUGGCCUUCUCCCAUUGGUCAGCUUCUCUAGGGCCAAUAGUGCAGGGAGAUGGACCUAUUUUUAUAAAUGCCUUUUUGGGAGAGAAAUCACUCUAGGAGUCUGACAACGCCAGGCUCUGCUACUACAAUGAAACACUCUGAUUUGGAAAUAAAGUUUUUCUUUCGAUCAGUC